AUGGCGAAAGAAUCAGUCAUUCCGAUUCUUUCCUCGCCCGAGGACGAAGCCGCGGUCAUUCCGUCGUCUCGCAAGUUGAGCGCGAGAUAUGCGGCCGAGAACUCUCCUUCCGUCGAGAGAAAAAAGAGAAAGAGGUCAAUGAAAAGGAAUCAAACCCCAGAGUCCCCGAAGCCUUCUAAGAAAACGAAACUCAAUAUUCACCCAUCGGGCUGGCGCAAAAACCGAAAGCAGGACAGCCAGAAGCUGAUGACUCCAUCGCCGCUCGCCUCCUUCCCUCGACCUCACAAGCCAAAUCACCCGUUCACGAAGACCUCGACAAUUCAAUCUGAGCGUCACGCUGUUGAGCCCGAAGUUGAGGAGCCCUCGAAGUCUCCCAUACAGGACACAGAAGACGGAGAGCCGGUUGCGACUAUCGAGACUGGUGCCACCGUCGAUGCUGGUAGCACCGACUCGGAUGACAUGCCCAUAGCUAGCAGGUCGUACAAAAGAAGCCCAUUCGUCGGCCAGACCUGCGAAGUCCUCGAACAGCUCAUCGAAGAUAGAGCCAGUCCCGACCUCGGCACACAGCCUACCCAGAGACUCGAACCUUCCAGCUAUGUGCCUGGAAAAGAGACACUCGCGGAUGAUGAUAAUUGCUACAUCUCCAAGGCCGCCUUCAACCUCCUCACAGCUCGCCAUAUGACUCUACAGCACAUGGUCAAGACGUUCAUCGACUCAGUGAAUGAACUAGAGACCACAAGCAAGGGCGACAGGGACAUUCGCGACGGAAUCCUAGCCGAGGCCAAGUCUCUUCAAAUGGGCAUCAAGGCAGCCUCCAAUGCUGCAUUCGAGCUUCCGUAUGCCAAUCGAACUGGCGCCGCUGCCCGAGCAGCUGCGGGCAAGACCCUUGCAGCCACCGAGAAGUUCAACAAGAAGAAGAGGAUUCGCGCUGAAGCCAAGGCUGCUGCCGCGGCGCAGCAGGCUGCUACAGAGGAGGCUAGGAUCGCAGAGGUGGUGAACAACGAUAGCUCUGGCGUUCAAGACAAUCUGGAGGAUGAGGAGGAAGUGGACAAUCCUGAGGAGCAGGCAGCUAGCACUGAUGGAGAACCAAUGGAUGAGACGGAGUGA